AUGACGGUGUCGGAAGAGAUGAUGCCGGCCGGCCUGGUCAACCAGGCCAUGACGUGUUAUCUGAAUUCCGUUCUCCAGACAUUAUUCUACACGCCAGAGUUCAGGAACGCUCUGUACGCCUGUGACUUCAGCGCCGAAGAGAAUCCAACCAAGAGUAUCCCUUGCCAGCUGCAGAGGCUUUUCCUCAGACUCCAGUGUUAUCCGGGCACCGCGGCCCAAACCAUAAGUCUGACGCGGAGUUUCGGCUGGGACAGCCACGAAGCGUGGCAACAGCACGAUGUGCAGGAGCUCUGCAGGGUAAUGUUUGACGCGCUCGAGGGCGCUCUGAAGAAGAGCGGACAGCAAGCCGAUCUGAUCGAGCGUCUCUAUCAGGGCAGUCUCAAGGAUUACGUUAAGUGCACCGAGUGUAACAACGAGAGCGCACGGGAGGAUCACUACCAGGACAUUGCGCUCGUCGUGAGACCUUUCGGGUCUGAUAAAAUCUACGGCAGCCUCAUCGAAGCACUAAAUGGCUUCGUCGAGCCGGAGACCCUGAACGGGGCGAACCAGUACCACUGUGAAAAGUGUAAGAAAAAGUGCGAUGCUCUCAAAGGUCUCAAAUUCGUUUCUUUUCCGAAAAUCCUCACCCUGCAGCUGAAGCGUUUCGAUUUCGACUAUUUGACCAUGCGCAGGAUCAAAUUGAACGACCGCGUGGAAUUUCCCGAAGUGCUGGACCUCAACGGCUUCAUUGAAUCAAAACCGCCCAAAACUGAAUACGUUUACGACCUCUUCGCGGUAUUGAUCCAUUCGGGAAGCGCUAACGGCGGCCAUUACUACGCCUAUAUCCGGAACAAGACCGACUGGUUCUGCUUCAACGACAACCAAGUCCACAGGGUCACGCUCGAAGACGUGCAGAGGACCUUCGGCGGAGGAGGUUCCACCGAUACUCGAAGUCCCUUUUCAAGCUCGACUAAUGCGUACAUGCUCAUUUACCGUCAACAGAGCGAGGCUAACGCCCAAGCCAUGACGGAGGACGAUUUCGGAGAACAUCUCAGAGAGCUCCGGAGAACCCUGAGCGAAGAGGACGAAUUUCUUCGGGACAAGGCCGAGAAGGACUCGAAGCUAAUCAACCUCAAACUGUUCCACGAUCAUCUCGAACGCCGUCGAUGGAUCGAACGCCAGUGGCCGGUGGACAAAGACGCGAAGCUCGGUGAAUCGAUGGAAGUCAUAAAAGCCAUGCUCGGGAUCGAAGCUCCAACCGAAUGCUGUCGACUCGUUCUCUUCGAUGACGCUUCGGAAGCCAUCGAGAAAUCUCUCGAAGAUUCAAUGGAGAAACCCGUGGCUGAAAUUUUCGGUAAUGUCCAACCCUACUACAGGAGCGACAUACUGGUCGAAGUGCGCGAACCAGACGAGACGUUCGAGGAAUAUGUUCCCGGAGGCCACACCUUCAACUGCAGACAGGUUAAUCUGAAAUACGACGAGGUCAAAAGACCUUUCCGGGUCUACCUCACGUCACAGCACACGUUCAGCGACAUCGCCGACCGCAUACAGAAACGGCUGGGUCGCGAGCCUGAAGAUUUUCGCGAAGAAAUCGAACACCUCAGAAUCUGCUACGAAGAGCCGAAUGGAGGUGAUAUCAAAGUAUUGGACCACACCAGCGAUACGAAAAUCGCCGAAUUGAAAGUCGGCCGGAGCAUGGUGAUUUAUUUCGAUAUCGAGGAGAGCGACGACUGCAAGGUGGAGGACUUUCAGAGCACCGAGCUGUUCGGAAUAAUCGAUGCGCUCAGGAACACUGUCUGUGUCAACUGCAAUAUCCCGAAAGGCUGCACGGUGAAUCAACAUGACGACAUCGCGAGUAAAUGCCGUAGGUUCCUGCGCGUGUGGCCGUAUAAAGACUACGAGACCGGCGAGCAGAACCUUCGUCUUUACAUCGAUAAACGAAUCUCGAUGGAUCAGCUCAAGUUGAAUCUUCAACCCUUUUUGGGAACUGAGAUCCAGACGCUCCUGAAAAUGCCCUCGAUGGUGGAGCUCGAAGCUCCGUCGAUGCUCUUGGAUGACCAGAGGCUGGAAAUAGUCACGGAUCCCUCAGAGAAUAUCUCGAAGGACCAGCGACGUCUGAAAGUCUACCGACUGAGCCUUGAAGCGGAGGCGGGUUCGUUGGUGGGCUACGUCACAGAAUUCAUGUACCCGAAAACUUCGAAGGGCGCCGAUGUGCGGGAGAUAAUGGCCAAGAAGCUGAGUCUUCUCUAUCCGAAUGAAGCUCCGCCGAGCGAGAAAAUUCGGAUGCGAAAAGUCAACGACAAGAUGCCGUCGUCGGAGAUUAUUCUCGACGAUGACAUUUUCGACGUCACCGAGGUCUACAUCGAAGUCCUGUCCGAGAAGGAGCGUUUCGCGCGCGGCAAGAACCGGGUGGUGUACUUGCAGGAAUUCCGAACUCUCACCAGGACAUGGAACACGGCCGCCGAGAUUUUGGUGAAAGCGGACAGUGUUUUGAGCGAUGUCGAAGCGGCGAUCAACAAAAUCAGCGGAAGCAUCGAGGUCCUGUCCGCGGUGGAAAAUGGGCAGGAGGAACUGAAAUGGCGUGAGGGCAUUUCUGAAAUUCCUCAAGACGCGAUUCUGCUUUAUUAUGUGGAUAAGUCGAAGUGGGAAUCAAAACAGAUGGUCAUCCCUCCUAGACCUGGGAUCAAGAUGACUGAAGAUGAGGAAAACUCGAUCCGGAGUCGUCGCUGGAUAUCGUCGAAGAAAGAGCGUGCGCUGAAAAUCGACGUCCUGAAUUGA